CCUUGACGCAGGCAGCUCGUCUGUAGCUGCUGCUGGCUGCUGCAGGCGUGCGAUUUGCGGCAGCGACGAGACCUCCGCGAAAUGCCUUUUGUGUGCCCGGCCGUCGCUGUUUUGGCUCCGCUUUUCUGUUCCACGAGGGUCACAUCGCAGUGUUCGUAGCCAUGCUCUGUGGUGAGUUCAGCGGGCUGACCUAGCCGACUGAGCCGCUCCAGCAGCCGCGGGUCCGGUGCAGCGCGCAGCCGGGGAUGAGGCCUACUUGUUAAAGCUCCCCCACCACCUCCAUCGCGAUGGCUGAUGAUCAACAACAACCUGGUCAGAAGCCUGCCUCGGGAUUAGGCUCGCUACCAGCGCUGGUGCCGGGACUCCAGGGGCCCGAGGCUAACGCGCUCCAGUUCAAAAUAAAGAAUUCAAUUUGCAAAUCUGUACAAUCAAAAGUGGACAGCAUAUUGCAAGAUGUUGAGAAGUUUACAGACAUCGAAAAACUCUACCUCUACCUUAAGUUGCCUUCUGGUCCCAGCAGUGGCAAUGAUAAAAGGACUGAGAAUGAGAGGGGGUCCUCCACUCCUGGAUUAUGUGAUCAGAGUUCCAUGUCCUCGAGCCGUACUCAACAGAUGUAUGCUUUCAACUGGAUACGGAAUCACCUAGAAGAGCACCCAGAGACCUCCCUCCCGAAGCAGGAGGUGUAUGAUGAAUACAAGAGCUAUUGUGACAAUCUCGGCUACAAUCCACUGAGUGCAGCAGACUUUGGAAAGAUCAUGAAGAAUGUCUUUCCUAACAUGAAGGCACGUCGACUGGGCAUGAGGGGCAAGUCCAAAUACUGUUAUAGCGGGUUAAGGAAGAAAGCUUUUGUUCACAUGCCGUCUUUACCCAACCUGGACCUGCAGAAAUCUGGUGAUGGGUGUGAGCUGAUGGAGCCAACAGGCCAAUCGCCAAGUGCCGAAGAUGAAAUGAGAUCCGCAGCCUGUGGACUGGUGUGUGAGUGGGCUCAAAAGGUCCUGAGUCGGCAGUUUGACAACGUGGAGGACCUGGCCCGCUUCCUGCUCAAUAGUCACUACAUCGGUACAAAGUCCACGGCUGCACUCACUGUUAUGACUGGAACACCCACUACAGGAAUGAAGACGCCAACUCCGGCCUCUGCAUUUGUGCCCACAGCCGAGGCGAACUCUUUCCAGCCCCAGGUGAAGACCCUGCCCUCUCCCUCUGUUGACGCAAAGCAGCAACUGCAGCGAAAGAUUCAGAAGAAGCAGCAGGAGCAGAAGCUCCACUCACCCCUGCCCUCCGAGACCCAGGUCAAGAGAGCAGAGGCCAGUACCCCCGGCCCCACUAUCCCGUGUGGCAGCCCCGCUCUGCUCUCCCCUCAGCCCACCAUUGGCAUUGUAGUAGCAGCUGUGCCCAGCCCGGUCACGGUACAGAGAAGCAGGCAGUUAAUGACCUCACCCAGCCCUGUAGGAACAGCCGAGGGAAAAGUGUUGCCUGUAAAUUUCCAAGUGGUCACCCAGUCUCUUAAACAAUCGCCCAAAACUCCCCAGAACAUUUCGGCCAGUCCUGUGGGUGACCGUCUGGCACGCCACGGUACGCGCUACGCCCAGAUCCUGCCCAAGCCCUCCGCUACUAGCGCAAUCACCCUGCGCUCGCCCCCCACGUUGCUCAUCACCAACAGCCCCAUCAAAACUGUGAUGCCCACCUCCCACGUGAGCUCAGUCAACGUGGUGAAGAUGACCGCCAUCGCCCUGGCCCCCAGCAGCAGCAGCAGCACAGCUGUGCGUCCGGCGUCGACGGGUAUGAACACCAUGGCUGCUUCAGAUGAUUCACACCCCGGCACAAUGGCCACCCCCCAGUCCCCUGCAAUCAGGUCCAGUGCCCCGGUGUCCACGCCGACCCUCUCCACUGACCACAGAGCAGUGUCUGAAGCUGGAAGUGACAAUAAUCCCACAUCUGGCCCAGAGAAAACCGGCACUAAAGAGGAGAGGGCGCUGAAGUUCCGGGCUGCCAGUGAGCCAAGCUUCCUGGUUAAGUGUUCUCCAGCACCAGAUAAAGGUGGAAGGAUGAAAAGUGAUCCUACAACAUCUCCCACCUCAGUAGCUGUAGUUGGGACUCAGGACAGCAAUAACAGUAACUGCCAUGACAGUACGUUGUACUUGACUGUUGAUAAUCAGAGCUCCAAUAGCAACAUGUCAGCCAAUGGCUCCUCUGCUGUUAUUCCAACACUGAAAGAAUCCUGCCCCGAUGCGAAGAGCCCCAGGAAGCGCACAGGCCCAAGUGGGGACGCCCACGUGAUUCCUGUGAAGAGGGUGUUCAUCUCCCAGCAACCUCUAACCGUAGUAGACAACAAUCCCAAACCUGGAGUCAGUGCUGCAGUGAAGAGGAUGCCCCGCCCAGGAACCCCUGCCCGACCAGAGAGUGCGCCCAGCAAAAUGGCGAUGAAACACACCUCCAUAGGCCCCACUCAGAUUCUUGCACUGUCCGACUCGCCCAUCACUCUCAUUAAGGGCUCCCAGACUGUUGUCAAAUCCCAGGUUUUGGUGGUAAAAGAAGAAGGCCACUCUCUCAGCACUGACACCAGCACCGGGGCCGCUGAAAACAACCCGUCUGAUCAGGUGCUGCUACAGCAGAUCACUGGGGACUCUUGUGUCAUACCAGCCAACUCAGGAGCACAUGAAGCCUCUGUGAUAAGUGACCUAAAGAGCACAAUGUGGGAGGAGGGACAGCUUGAAGAGCUUCGAAAGCAGGCGUUUACUCAGCAGAUACCAGCGGAACACAAACAGACCCCAACUGACCAGCUUGCCAUCAUCGCUCAGCCCUCUGAGGCCUCGGGCCAGCUUACUCUCACACAAGAGAUGGUUGACUUUGCAGGCUCGCAGCCCACCAUGGACUACUUCCCCUUUAACGACGAUGACAUGACCCAGGACAGUAUUGUGGAGGAGCUAGUCCAAAUGGAGGAGCAAAUGAAGCUGAAGGGUCUGUUCGGUGGCUGCGUUGACGUUUCUCUUCAAGGUCAGUCGACCAGCAAUCAAGGCUCUAUCCUGAAUGCUCACCAGGCUGGCACCACCUUCUACCACUCUGCCCACAGCAGUACCACUCCCGUCCAGACACCCACUCCAACGCCCACACCAACUCCCACUCCCACACCCACCUCUGAGAUGACACUCGGUCACAGCCUAACAAGGGAGAGCCCCUGCUCCCGCAUGGCUACCGUGACCCCCGUCGAUGGAGCCAUGGGCCGCCACACCCCAAUCAGCACGCCGCUGUCCAACUGCAGCAGCAGUGUCCCCCCGAGCCCCGUUGAGUGCAGGAACCCUUUCGCUUUCACUCCCAUAAACUCCAGUAUGACGGGUUAUCACGAUGCCAGUAUUGUCUCCAGCAGCCCGGUCAAACCCAUGCAGAGGCCCAUGGCGACGCACCCCGACAAGGCCAAACUGGAGUGGAUCAACAACCGCUACAACAGCAACGCCGGAGGCCCGUUGUCCAACCACAGCAUCGGUAUACUACCCAGCUACCAAGACUUGGUGGAUGACCAGUUUCGUAAGCCACAUGCCUUUGCCAUUCCAGGUCAGUCAUUUCAAGCCCAGUCGAGGCAGGAUGCUGCACACUUUGGCCGCCUGACUCCUAUUUCUCCAGUGCAGCAACCAACGCAGCAGCAGCAGCAGCAGCAGCAGCAGCAGCCACAGACGCAGCAGCAACAACAGCAACAGCAGCAGCAACAGCUAGUAACAGGAGUGGCAACUCCAACUAAACAAGAGAGUUUCGCUGUGCCUGCCCCUUUAGACAACAAAGCAUCGACCUCAUCCACGUCCAGUACGUUUCGUUGCCGCAGUGUUAGCCCCGCGGUGCGCCAGAGGAACUUCAGCGGCAACACCGCUCCCCCAGCCACCACCACGAACACCACCACCACCACCCGAGCUGUUGUAUCACCCUUUAACUCUCCGAUCACCUCCGAGGUGCUCAGCAUUCUUUCCAACAGCCAGGCGGCCAGCUCUGUCCACAGCAUGGUGCAGCGGAGUCAGUCUGUACCUCUAACCAUCAUGAUGCAGAGCGAGAUGCUGCCUGUGCAGGGCCAGAGUAACACGGCCAAAAUCACCAAUGUUCUUCUUAGCAAGAUGGAGGCCGAUGGGGAUGAUUCUGUCCGUGGCCUGGGCAUAAACAACCUCCCUUCGAACUACACGGCACGGAUGAACCUCACCCAGAUCCUGGAGACCACCCCUGGCUUCGUUGGAGGGGCUUCUCACCAGACUCAGCUGCCUGUCAGCUCUAGCCCUGCUGCCUUCGAGCUCCAGCAGCAUGGCUACCUCCCCACUGGCCCUGAAGAACACAUGAGUUUCUCCACUGGGGAGAGCCAAGCACAAGUGGGUCCCGACGAGCAAGAGCAGCAGCAGGAGCAGCUCCAGGAGAAUCCUGUGCAGACGCAGCCCCAGCUCCUCCUCCAGAGCACACAGCAGCAGGAGGCGGAGGACGAGCAGCAGCAGCUGGAUUUCAACAACACUGUUAAAGACUUGUUGGGAGAUGACGGUCUCAACCCCAGUUCCCAGCUAGUGGGUCAGGUAGCUUCAGAGCUGAAUGCCGUGGCAUCUGACUUCUCAAAUGACAUCAGACUGACCUCAGACCUGUCCAGUAGCAUCACUGACCUUAACACGUUAGACACCAACCUGCUGUUUGACCCAAACCAACAGCAGGAACAUUAUGAAGACUCGACACUGGAAGAGCUGAAGAACGACCCGAUUUUUCAGCAGAUAUGCAGUGAUACUGUGAACUCUGGUUUUGACUGGUUGGAAAGCAAAGACCAGCCCACUACAGUAGAGAUGCUGGGCUAAUCUUUUAUUCUGUAUUAAUUCUGUUCUCUGUUGUUUGUUUGGUGUGUGUGCGUGUGUAGUAUAUUUGUUUUUAUCUAUAGUUUGUUGGAAUCUGUCUGGACUUAACCAUUUGUUUUGUUACAAGUGCCAGGCGUACCAGAAAAUCUCUCCUGCUGAGGUUUCGUUACUUCUCUCCUUUUUCAUUUGUCCCCCAGGGUGUCAGUACUUUUACCCAGUUUUCUCUCUGAAAUCAGAUAACUCGCGUAAAACCGUGUGAGUACUUGUUGGCAGCAAGCACUUACAAGAGCAGAGCUGUACAGUAUGAGCAUUAGGAGAAGCAUAAUCUUCCAUCUUCUAAUUAAUAAAUAAUGCAAUAUUUCUAUUUAGCAGACACUUGAUGGGUAGGAAAUUUGGCACAAAAGAGUUCACCAAAAAUGUGUGCGUGCAGUUCAAGUUCAACCAAAUGCAGACAAUAUUGGGAUUGUAGUAUAUGCACAUAAUAGUUGUAGUACAUUUGCCUGCCAUAUCUGAAUAUUAAAGAAGGGUAGCAUCUUGUGCUGCCAGGUGCUGAAUUUCUGACAUAAUCUUUAUACUUUAUCAUAUACCAAGUCAGUGGAAAACUGAUUUACAUCUGAGCAUUGUCCUAGAGUGAAAUUUUCUUAAAGCCUAUACUUCUUGUACUGUUUAAUAUCUUAUAAAGGGAGUAUGAGUAGGGAGAAGAUGGGAUGCAGGCCACGUCGUGGACUAAACAAUGAAAGGAAUAAACAACUGGCUGCCUUAUUCCCAAAGUCCAAGUCCUUAUGCCAUCUUUAGAGAGACUGUAAAUAGUAUAAUGUUAAGAUAUCUUCAGAACCAUCCAGAGCUUAAUCAUAUCAAGGCAGCUGUUGACCUGAUCUUUUCAGUACUAUUCCUCAUUCUGUUUUUGUUUUGCAGUGCUACACUAUAGAUGCGUAUUGUGUAGGCCGAUGACUACACUGUGUGCGCCCUUGUCUGUAAUGGAUUUGGAGGAAUUUCACGUGCGGUCAUCUUCUGGAAAUCACAGAAGGCACACUUUCUGCCAUGAGAUUUUGUUUUGGCACGCUAUCAUCCCAGUUUGGAUAGAAAUAUCAGCGGUAUGGAAAGGCUUAGUGGCAUAAAAAAAAGCUGGAGGCUGACAUGUGUGUUUCAACGCCAUCUUGAGAUCGAGAGGAAUUGUUGUGUUUUGUGGAGAUCCAGUCUUAUUUCCAUACCAAAGAUCAUCACAUUGAACAACGAGAGAUUAUUACACACACAGAGACACUCCUAGGAAACAUUAAUUACACCAAGAAAAGGGGGCGGCCUCUGAGGUACAAAAGAGUUUUAUUGCAUUUGAGGAAAAUGAUUAAGUUGCAUAAAUCUUAUGUACAGUAUGUAAAUUUAUGAAAUGGUCACUGUCCUAUGUUUAAUAGGUAACCAUGGACCUGAAAGCAUGUUUGAAACCAACACUGCUGGCCGCGUAGGCUGUGUGAUAAAGUAGGAUCCUUGCUUGAGUUUUUGGCUAUUGUCAAUGUUGUAUAAGUCAUGUUUAAGCUCCAUCUGUAAAUAGGAUAGAUACAUAGAGAUUUGAUGUAUCAAGACACUAUUACGGCCAUUAUUCUAGCCAAGUAUGUGCCAUUUCAAAGAAAAAAAAAAAGCUUAACAGAUUUGUAGUCAGCAAGAUACUGUAUGUUGUGUGUUACAUUUCUGGCUUAAUGUGUCGUAAAGGUAAUGCUGUCUGGUCGCGCUUGCUGAUUUAGUUCUGUUUUUUUGUUUUCUUUCAAAGAUAAUAGGUCUCUGCAGUUGCAGAAGUGAUGUGUGCUUUGAGCAGGAUCAAUAGCAUGGUAUAUUGAGAAAAAAAAAUUGUGAUACUGCUAGCUGGUUGCAAACAUCUCUGUGACAGACAUUGUGGUCAAAGCUUUUCAGCAGACACUGGAGAAAAAAAAAACUAUUACUCAUGUUUCAACAAACUUUGGAGGUUCACAUUAUUGCACUAAAUUUUUAUGACACACGGCUUUGCCACGUCUUUAUGGACAAACGUAAUGAUGGACGCCCGCAAAAAAAAAAAAAAGAAAAAAAAUAUUUUUUAUGACAAGAUGAGGAAAUUAACUGAAUUGUCAGAAAAUGACUAAUUGUCUUGUAGCAAAAUGUGCAUUAAUCUCAGUGAGAUACACAUUUCUUACUCAUUCUCAUACAUGAGAAUAUAAAGCGUCAAAGGGGAAAAAGUUAAAUAACCUUUUAAAACCUAUGUGCUCAUUAUGUUGAUAAAUGAUUGUACGCACGCAUGUGUGAUGACUUCUGUUCUACUUUAUAUUCUUGGUAACCACUGUCUUCUGUGAUUUGGGCAGGUUCUGUUAACCAGACUGGCAGUGCUAGUUCUUUGACUUACUUUACUUUCAUUGUGUGCUUGUUUACUAAGUUAAUGUUGUUCUACAUGUUAUGUUGAUGACUGUUUCCUGUCGGUUUUACAUAUUCUUACUUUGCGAAAUGCGUUUGUGAAGAGAUUUCAUACUUUCUCUUAAUUUCCUUUUCAACAAUAAGGCACUGAUAUUUGAAUUUGAAUGAAGGAAAUGCACCUCUUUAUGAGUACAGGAGCUCCAUCAAGCAGUGACUCUGAUCCUUUACCUUUGACUGACCCGGAACCAAUUCUGUUUGACUAUCUUGUCCAUUUCUACCAGUAGGAAAAAAAACCCUCCUCUGUGGUGUUGUCUGGUGUACUGCUUAAUGUACAGUAGCUUGUUAAUAUUGCCAAUGCGUUGUUUUUGUUUUUUUGUUUUGUUCUUUUUUUUCAAUGGAAAGUACUCACUGGUGAGAUUUUUAAAGUGGUUUUAAAAGCCAAUAAACUUUUUUAAAGAA